GUUGCUGAUUCAUCGCGAUAUUUGGACCGUAGGAAGCUGACAGAGUCUGAGAGAAGAAGCGGAUAAACUAACGGUUCUGUUCUGCCAAACCGAACGGGUUCUAACCGGGUCACCAAGCGGAACACAUGGCGUCCUGUCGGCUUCUCUGGCUCACUGCCGUCUGCUUCCUCAGCUCCGCGUGGGCCGAACAGCGGAAGCUCUCAGCAGAAAAUCUGCUGGUCGUUACCGCGGCAACAGAGGAGACAGACGGCUUCAGGCGCUUCGUGAAGACGGCGGCUCAGUUCAACUACAGCCUGAAGGUGCUGGGCCUGGGGGAGGAGUGGAAGGGCGGAGACGUGGCCCGGACGGUGGGCGGAGGUCAGAAGGUCAGGUGGCUGAAGGAGGAGCUGCUGAAGAACUCGGAGGAGCAGCAGCUGGUGGUCAUGUUCGUAGACAGCUACGAUGUGAUCCUGGCGGCCGGUCCAGACGAGCUGCUGACCCGGUUCUCCUCUCUGGGCCACCGGGUCGUUUUCUCUGCCGAGGGGUUCUGCUGGCCCGACCAGCGCCUGGCCUCCAAGUACCCCCAGGUGCAUUCUGGGAAGCGCUACCUGAACUCUGGAGGUUUCAUCGGGUUCUCCUCGGACCUGGCCGCCAUCGUCCAGCAGUGGAAGUUCAGGGACAACGACGACGACCAGCUGUUCUACACCCGGAUCUACCUGGACCAGAAGCAGAGGACCCGGUUCAACAUGACUCUGGACCACCGAUCCAGGAUCUUCCAGAACCUCAACGGAGCCAUCGACGAGGUCGUCUUGAAGUUUGAGAGGUCAAAGGUCAGAGUGAGGAACGUGGCCUACGACACGCUUCCUGUGGUCAUCCACGGCAACGGACCCACCAAGCUGCAGCUCAACUACCUGGGAAACUACGUCCCAACGGCCUGGACCUACGAACACGGCUGUGGAGGCUGCGACGACGACCUGCUGUUGCUAGGCGACCAACAGGAUGUAGACCUCCCUCUGGUCUUCCUGUCGGUCUUCAUCGAACAUCCGACUCCCUUCCUGGACGAGUUCCUGCAGCGUCUGGUCACCAUGAACUACCCCAAGACUCGGAUCCGCCUCUUCAUCCACAACAACGUGGUGUACCAUGAGCAACACAUCCAGCGGUUCUGGGAGCGCCACAGGCUUCUGUUCCCGGAUGCGGUUCUGGUGGGACCUGAGGAGAACCUGCCGGAGGAGAAGGCCAGAACCAUGGCGAUCGAGGCGUGCCAGAAGAACCCAGGCUGCGAUUACUUCUUCAGCAUCGACUCGGACGUGGCGCUGACCAACCCGGACACGCUGCGGAUCCUCAUGGAGGAGAACAAGUCCGUCAUCGCCCCCAUGCUGUCCAAACACGGCAAACUGUGGAGUAACUUCUGGGGCGCUCUGAGUCCGGACGGGUUCUACUCGCGCUCCGAGGAUUACAUCGAGAUCGUCCAGGGCAAGAGGGUCGGGCUCUGGAACGUCCCCUACAUCACCCAGGUCUACCUGGUGAAGGGCAGCGUCCUGCGGUCCAAACUCUCCCAGGUCAGCCUGUUUGUGGACGAAGGAAUGGACCCGGACAUGGUGUUCUGCAGAACCAUCAGAGACCAGGGCAUCUUCAUGUUCGUCUCCAACCGAGACGAGUUCGGCCGGCUGGUGGCGUCCGCCACCUUCAACACCUCCAGACUCCAUCCGGACAUGUGGCAGAUCUUCGACAACCCACUGGACUGGAGGGAGAAGUACGUCCACGAGAACUACUCCAAGAUCUUUGAGGAGGCCAGCGGCAUGGUGGAGCAGCCCUGUCCAGAUGUCUACUGGUUCCCGGCCUUCUCUGAAAAGAUGUGUGACCAUCUGGUGGAGACCAUGGAGGACAACGGCCAGUGGUCCGGAGGGUCCCACAAGGACGAGCGUCUGGCCGGCGGCUAUGAGAACGUCCCCACCGUGGACAUCCACAUGAACCAGAUCGGCUUCGAGAAGGAAUGGCUCAAGUUCCUCAAGGAUUACAUCGCCCCCGUCACCGAGAAGCUGUACCCUGGAUACUACCCCAAGGCCCACUCCAUCAUGAACUUUGUGGUCCGGUACCGUCCAGACGAGCAGCCGUCUCUGCGGCCGCAUCACGACUCGUCCACCUUCACCAUCAACAUCGCCCUGAACAGGAAGGGCGUCGACUACCAGGGUGGAGGCUGCAGGUUCCUGCGCUACGACUGUAAGGUGGAGUCUCCCAGGAAGGGCUGGUCCUUCAUGCAUCCCGGCCGCCUCACCCACUACCACGAGGGCCUGCCCACCACCCAGGGCACCCGCUACAUCAUGGUGGCCUUCGUCGACCCCUGAUGACCCCGGGGGGGUGUGAAUGUGUGAUGGUGGACCUGAACGCAUCAUACGGGUUUCUGCUUUUCCGCUGUUCACGGUUCUCUGACAGGAACCUGAACGCAUCAUCUGCAUCAAACAGACAGAAAAACACGUCACACUUCCUGGCCCUGAACGCAUCGUGGCCGGGCUUUUCACAAUAAGAGUCUUUAAUUAGAGGUCACCAUGAUGCCUUACCUGAGUCUAUGCAAGAACACACUCCAGGUGUGUGUGUGUGUUCAGAUGCACAUCGGGACUUGAACUCAUCACUGCAGCUCCCUCUGUCCAGCAGGGGUGCUCCGUCACCAUGGUAACCUGCAGCAGGUUACCAUGGUGACGCUCCAGGAUCCAAUCACCAUUCAACCCGACCGGAUUUAACCAAUCAGAAGCCUGAGACUCUGAUUUUAAAAUCUUUAUUAUUUAUGGGAUGUUUAGACUUUGUGGUUACCGGGGCAACGCUAGAGGGUUUUAUACUGUUGUAAAUGUUUAGCUGUGAGGUUCUGGUUCUGGACUGGUUCUGUCUGAAGGAAGCAGAACAAACCGCUCUAAGUUAUUUGUUUCAAGGAACUGAAUAAAGUUUUAGUAAACUGAG